AUUGGCCUUGAGAUUGCAGCGAGAGUCGCAGUGUUCUCAGUUCAGCUCCGGAAUUCGAGGGGGGCGGCCUCGAGGUACGUACUCCCUGGUUCCACCCCAGAAACUCUGAUCGCGGGGUUCUCAGGAUGGAACGCGGGGCAUCGGCCAUUCCGCCGAGUUCACAAUGACACAACUCAACUGAGUCUGACGAUAAGAGGUGGUCAUUAUCAACAUUUCAAGCUUCAUCUCCAGAGUUUGAUCAGUCUCCUGCUCUCUUUAUUCAUUCUGGAGUUCACGGAAUUGUCCACACAACCUUUACAAUGUCUUCCUGGGCGGAAAGCAAGUCGCAAAACCGCAGUCUGCAGAUUCUCCAAGCUGCGACUGAGGGCAAGUAUGGAGUUCUCUCCGUGGUCAUCUACAACAUUGAGCACCUAACUGCCGUUGUUCGCGCAGCAGAGGUCAAGAAAUCACCCAUGCUGAUUCUCUUGUUUCCUCUUACCGUGAAGCAGCUCCCAACUCUACCGUGGGCCGUCGCCGCAGCCAUUAAAUCGGCAAAGGUCCCACUUGCCCUACACCUCGACCACGCCCAAGAUGAGCAGCAAAUUCGCGACAUCGUGGGAACUUUGCCAUUCGACUCAAUCAUGGUUGACAUGAGCCACUACGAUCACGAGGAGAAUCUCGCCAAGACCAAGGUUUUGACAAGGGUCUGCCACGACCAUAACAUCGCUGUAGAGGCAGAAAGUGGACGCAUCAAUGGCGGAGAAGACGGCAUCGCAGACACUGGCGACUUGGAAGCCCUAUUCACGAGUCCUGAGGAGGUCGAAGACUUCAUCGAUGCCGAGAUUGAUCUCUUGGCACCCAGCAUCGGCAACAUCCACGGAGACUACGGCCCCAAGGGCCCUCAACUCGAUUACCAGCGCUUGACAAAUGUCAACAAGCAAAUUAACAACCGUGUCCUCAUGGCUCUGCAUGGAACCAACGACUUCAGUCCAGAAAUCAUGAGGAAAUGCAUCGACAACGGCGCCAUCAAGCUCAAUGUCAAUAAGCUGCUCCUGGAGGUCUGGAACGCCCAUCUCAGAGAGAACGCCAGCAAGCCACUGACGCAAUUGAUGGAGGAUGGCAUGAAUAUCUUGCAGAAGGAAACCGAAAGGUGGAUCGACAUUUGCGGCAGCGCAGGAAAGGCAUAAUAUACUGGAUCUGAUUAAUCUGAAUGAUAUCUCAAAACUUUGCUGUUCACCAC